AUGGUCUCCCGCUCCUACUCCACAUACCGUACUCCACCAAUAGAUCAAACAACGAGACAAGGAUACAACCCAAGGCCAAAGACACCAUUAUCUGCGCCUCGAUGGGAGACGCUUCCUGAAACUAGGUCGCCUUCCUAUUCUGUGCCUCCACCUGCGUCGACGAGGCAUCCAAAACGUUUUGUCAAUGAAGUCGACGGUGAGGAUGAAGUUGAUGAGUCAUCAAACAACUGGAGGUACGGCCGUGGACGCGGACGAGGCAAUAGGCCGAAUCGCCCCCCGUCGAACCGCCCCCCACCAAGAACGCAAGAGGGCCAAAGGUACACGCAAAAUCAGCUCCCGACCCCACCUAGUUAUGCAAGCGAGGUGAGGAGGAGUUGUUACGACGCUGGACGAGGAGUAACGCCAAGAAAUUGGCAUACCACUUAUCCCGAGUAUCGGUCACCUUCCCUAUCCGUACCUUCUCCCAUAUGGAAAAAAAUGCAGGGAAAUCGUCCGUUCGAUGGUGUCGAAUGUGAAGAUAAUGAUGAAUUGGAGACUUUAAAUGGGGGAUAUGCGAUAGCUGGUCCGUCGAAUAGGCGACCGUAUGGACAAGGACGAGGUGGAAGGCGGAACUAUCCCUCGACAGGAACACACAGACGACUUCCGACUCCGCAUAGUGAGUACCAGGAGACAAGGAUGAGUUCUUUUCCUACCAGCUCGAGACGAGGAGGAACGGGACCGGGAAGUAACCACUUCAACAAUGGUUACUCCCCACCCCCGUCUCCAAAGCGGAACGGCAAGCAGAAGGCUGUAAUGCAAGACGACCAGGCACCAAUGAUGUACGAAUCCGAACCUCUUGCCGAAGAGACAGAAACUCAGGCUUCGUCGGAUGUCCCAAGAACAUCGAGGGUUUCGAGCAGUAAGGGUGAUACACAAAUAAAUCCUUCGGGUUCUGGUUUGAACUCUGCCUCUACUUCUAUGACUUCGGUUGCACCCCUGACUUCAAGGACAGCACUUGCUCCGGAUCGCGACGAUAAUUCCGACGAGCGACGGAAUGCACCUCAGGAUAACCUUUUUUAUGAAGAAGAUCCAAACUGGGUGCAUGACCUGGCAGUCGAGCUCGGUCUAUCGGAGGGAAGCGAGCACGUCCUUCAAAAUGUUGCGCUAGAACCUGACGAUAGGAAGACAUUAUUCCUCGUUGCUUUGAUACUGAAUAAACGCUCAGUGGAUAUCCCGAGCAAGGCCAAGGAGCAAUUCAACGCGAUCGCCUUGAAGUUACUUUUGAACUUUUCCGGCUCCAGUCUUUUCAAGGACCGCUUCCUUAACACAUUUAGAUUCUCUGUUUACAUUGCUCCAAGACUGGAUCGGAUGGGUCUCGACGUUUCGUGGAUGAGAGAUGUUGGGAAGAUGAGGGCUCUUGACGUACAGUGGCAGAAGAACUUUGGAGAAGCAAGACGCCAGAUUAUCGAGGCGAUAAUUGUGUCUAUCACCAACGAACUUCCUAUCUCUGGACUGGCGAAAUCACUUAGGAAGAAAAGACCGAACAACGAUGAACUCAACAUGUUCGCCUUAAUGCGUCAAACAUUCCAGAAUGGAGGCCGGAAAGGCUUCUUCGACAGAGUCGACGACAAACUGAAAGCGAUGCAUGGGAUGUCGAUGAAGGAAUAUAAGAAGGAAUUUAAACGUUUUAGAAGGAAAGACGAAAGACAGUUCCCCGUACCCGAGACUCCUAACGAGGAAGAAAACGGAGGAGUACUACGCCCUGCUCCCUCUUUUCAACCGCCCCCUCUUUUCAAUUUUCCACUUGACCACAUCCUCCUUAACAACUCACUAUAA